AAUUUCACUGCAAGGUUCCUGAUGCUAUAAAGGCAUGGAUUGCGUGCGAAGGUCAGAAAAAGGCUAUCUUUGAAACGGAACUCCAACAAGUCUCGAGAGUAGACUCUGUUCAUCCAAUGG